AUGUCGUCCGAGGGAGGGUUAAAAAUUGAAUCUAACGAAUCUGUAGAAUUUCUUACCAAAGAAGCAGAAAAUUUAAAAGCUAAAUUGGAAGAAGAGAGACAGAAAUUAAAUGAUGUUACAUUAUCUUCAGUUGCUGAUAGACUGGAAGUUAUUACUUUUUUGAAUAUAAAGCCAAGAAGAUUACUUAAAGGACAUCAGGCUAAAGUAUUAUGUUCGGAUUGGUCUCCAGAUAAAAGGCAUUUGGUAUCUUCAUCACAGGAUGGAAAAAUGAUUAUUUGGGAUGCAUUUACAACUAACAAAGAGCAUGCUGUUACCAUGCCAACUACUUGGGUGAUGGCUUGUGCUUAUGCUCCUUCUGGAAAUUUGGUUGCAUGCGGGGGAUUAGAUAAUAAAGUAACAGUUUACCCUCUUAGUCUUGAAGAAGAUGUAACUGUAAAAAAAAAAACAGUUGGGACACAUAUGAGCUACACAUCUUGUUGUACUUUCCCCAAUUCUGAUCAGCAGAUUUUAACUGGAAGCGGUGAUUCUACUUGUGCUUUAUGGGAUGUUGAAUCGGGUCAACUCCUACAAAGUUUUCACGGUCACAAUGGGGAUGUUAUGUCUUUAGAUUUGGCACCAUCUGAAACAGGUAAUACUUUUGCCUCUGGUAGCUGUGACAAAAUGGUUCUUAUAUGGGACAUGAGAACUGGCCAAAGUGUUCAAUCCUUUGAAGGACAUCAGUCGGACAUCAAUAGUGUCAAAUAUCAUCCGAGUGGUGAUGCUGUCGCAACAGGUUCUGAUGAUGCCACCUGCCGCCUUUUUGAUCUUAGAGCAGACAAAGAAGUUGCUAUUUAUACCAAAGAAAGCAUUAUAUUCGGUGCUAAUUCCGUUGAUUUUUCAGUUAGUGGUCGUUUAUUAUUUGCCGGGUAUAAUGAUUACACAAUUAAUAUUUGGGAUUCUCUCAAAUGUGUUAGAAUCAGUUUAUUGUACGGUCACGAAAAUAGAGUGUCUUGUUUGCAAGUUUCUCCGGAUGGAACCGCACUUUCAACCGGUAGUUGGGAUUUCACGUUGAGAAUUUGGGCUUAA